CAGGGGAGCAAACUCUCCAUGGUGCACCCCAGUGGGCCCUACCCACCAUCCCUGGCCCAUCUGAUGAUGUAUAACCAGGACCACUACCCCCCAGGAACACCUCCCCCACCCCAUCUGGCAAGCGCGAUAGAAGUUGACGCAAAGACAGGUAUACCCAGACCCAGGCAUUCAUCAGAACUUCCCUUGUACCAUCCACUGUCUCCUGGUUCAUUAGGCAAUGUGCCCCACCACUUAGAAGUGUACAAUGUGCCUUGGCAAGGCCAACCCUUUUACCCCCUCACAGGUGCUCUCAGGUCCCCCUACCCAACUCUCAUCAACCCGUCGGGGAUGUCACGCAUCGGCCACCCUGGCCUGCCCCCACCCCACCAUGGCAUGGCCGUCACAGGUAUCCCGCACCCGGCUAUUGUCACGUCGGGCACGAGGCAACAAGACACGCAACAACAGAGUAACGACAGACAACCCCCACCCAAAGAGAAGGAGUCCAAGCAUUCAGACAAGCGGCGGCCGCCACACAUCAAGAAGCCACUCAACGCAUUCAUGCUGUACAUGAAGGAGAAGCGAGCGAGUGUGGUCAAGGAGUGCACGCUCAAGGAAAGUGCUGCCAUCAACCAGAUCCUGGGAAGGAGGUGGCACGCACUCUCCCGGGAAGAGCAGGCGAAGUACUACGAGCUGGCCCGUAAGGAGCGACAGUUGCACAUGCAGCUGUACCCCACCUGGACGGCUCGCGACAACUACGCAAUGCACGGCAAGAAAAAGAAGAAGAAGAAGGACAAGAACCCCAGCGACAACUCAGAACCGUCCACUCCAAAGAAAUGUCGAGCUCGCUUUGGCGUCGACCAGCAAGAAUUCUGGUGUAAGCCCUGCAGGAGAAAGAAGAAGUGUAUCCGGUACAUCUGCUCAGACGAGAACGGUCAGAACAAAGAGGACAGUUGCGACAGUGAAGAUGAACAAGAAUUUUCACAACCCACCCCACCGCAGCGGAUGCCCAACAACAGCCUUGGAAGCAAGGAGGGGUCAGAGGGAACGCGACCCCCAACCUCUGAGCCCCUGGUCCCUAGUUCCUCCAGUCAGCAUCACGGGGAGCAGGCUAACGGCAGCCACAGUCACAGGGAGCGGGCACUCUCCUCGUCGUCCUCCUUGUCGGAGCCCCGCCCACCACCGCCACCCCACCCCCACCCCUACCACCACCUCACAGCCAGGCGUUCUCCAUCGCCUCGUCCGCCGCCAGUACCCAGCAGCCCACACUGCACCCGUCGCCGUCGCCCAUGGUCACCCAGACGUCCCCUGCCACAAUAGUCCACCUCCCGCAUCCUUCCAUCUCGCACUCGGGUCACCACAUGUCGUUCAGCAGUACACCACCCAUGAUGGUGUUUCCCUCGCAGCCGUCUCUCUUUGCGGCACACGCGACCUCCCAGGCGGACAUGUUGAGGGGCACGGCCUUCUCCAAUGGCCUGACGCCCCACGGACUCUUACAACUCCAUGCGCAGUCAAGGCCGCCUCCCACGCCGGAGAUGCCCCAGGAUCUCAGCAUGAAAUCUGCGACGGUCACUGCGUAGUAUCUAAUCAGCUGUACCAAACGAAAAAAAACCUUGUUUCAUAAAUUAACCAUUACUGUACAUAGAAAACUUAUCAAGUGAAUAAUUAACGUAAGUGGGGAAAAAAAAAACGACGAAAAAGUACCACUGGCCGCUCGUCCAGCUGCCAAUCGUUUGGGUUUUUAACAGCAACGGGAAGCGAUUGUGAUACCUUGAUGUUUUAGCGACUAUUUUCUCCGGGAAAACAAUCAAGCCUGUCCAUAAAGAAUUGUACACUGUAUAUUCAGUGCAUCGAAGGGAUGUGACGUUUUUCAAAGGAAAUGAAGGUGAGACUCGUUCUGUACUUGACGCUUUUCCCUUUCCUUUAUUUUUGUCCGAUGUGUUCUUGCUGCAAACAUUGUAGGUGUCUGGCAUAGCGGAAUAUGUAGUACUGACAUAGCACUGGUGCGCAUGGAAAGCUGGGUGUCAUAUCGAGCUUUGCAAAGGAAAAAUGGUAAGCAUUGGCAAAGGCUCUUCUCACCACAGUGUGGUGAUGCUUGUGGAAAUUUCCCACUAGGAGCUUCCUUCCCCGUGGAAAAUCAACAGCAGGAGUUGCCCUCAUUUUUUUUUUCAGUGGGUGGAUAGUUUUCAGUGCAGUUGUACACAAGAUCUUCAGUUGAUUCGACAUAACGGGAUCGCAGAAAUGGCUUUUUCCAUUCCGUAUUAGAGCGACUGUUUUUGAUGUACACUUUGUGGUAUUCUGUUGCAUUGCAUUCUGGGAAGCACGAGGGAAGAGCCAAGGAGCUCUCCAAUAAAUUGAGUUGCCAGCAUGAUUCUGCAAGAGACUCGUUUGUGUAUUGGUGCCGAAGACCUGAAAUGGAUGUCGCCGUGGUCCAGAGUGCGGUUACACAGUGCCCUUGCACAGCCACGGGCAGGGGGUCAUGUCAGCCAAGAUGUCGGUUUGACAUUAAUUCAGACUGGUUUCCGCGAGGAGAGUACGUUUCCAUAUCCCGUAUGUCACUACUCUCCCGGUCAGCCAUAUUCAUGAGUACAUGUUGCAAGAUGGAACUGCUCUGCUGUAUUCGUCAGGAUGUUGUCUAUCUGGAUGUCCCCGAAUGAUCUUUCAUGAAAAGUCCUUUCCAGAUGUUUUUACUUCCGAUUUUGUAAUUUUGAUCGAUACCCCAUACCGUUUGUAAGGAUGUGUUUUAUGCAAAAGGAAAAAAAAAAAAAACUCAAAGUGACGUACACUUCAAUUGCCUUUCUUACAAUAAAACUAGUACCAGUUUCACCUGCCCUCCUUUCUUUCCGAAUUUCAGUCUCGAGUCUGUCAUCUUGAAGCUAUUUCUUUCAGUUUGGUCAUGUUUGGUUUGAAUGAUUUUACUUUGUUACUGAAGAUCGUUUCUACAUAAGCAUUCAUAUCUUUAAAUGAGUCAACUUACUGUUUUCUCACACAUUUCUAGUCAGACUGUUGUUCCAGCCAAAAUUUGCUCAGCACGUUUGAUCUUCCAUUUUUCCAGAUGCAGCUUUCAAGUUUAUUACUAUCAGGUCAUCGGAACAGUCCUUGAAAUACCUUAGAUCAAACCAAAGAUUUCUAUUGCAAAUAAUGGGGAUGCCGUUGUGAAAUAUUCACAAGAACUUCGAGCAAAAAAGGGGGGGCGCGCGCAGUGUUACUUACUUUAUAUGUGAAGAUGUGAAUUCAAAACGGGGGAAGGAGUAGAAAGAGAAGAGGUGGUGUAAAAUGGCAUGACAGACUGCUUAAAGAAAUUCCCAUGAAGGUCAACAGUUUUGGUUAUAUGUAAUCAUAACGGUUUGUCAUAUGUUUGUCACCGACUGGAAAUAGGGGCCUGUUAUUAGCUGGAAAGAAAGAAAUUCAAUAAGUGUCAACCAUUUAAUGUUUUCCAAUUUUUUUUAGCAGUUAAUUAGUCACAUUUCAGACAUUUGUGAAUAAACGUUUGUACUGUGCUGUGGAGAAGUGGUAUCUUAUGCUAUGUGUCUGGGGCAUUUCCCUGGCAUAACUUGCACUCCAGAGGGCAGCAAACAUUUGCAAGUUAUCCGAAUCGAACACUUCCAGAACCGUUUGUGUGUUGUUGUUUUUUUAAAACAAAUUUGAGUUGAUUUAUCAGAUUCUUUCUGGAAUCUCAAGAAUACAUCGGGUCAGUUGAAGAACUCCACUGAAAACACAGGACACAAAGUUCUGUAAGACGUGUUUAACUGCCAAGUAUUGCAUGGACUGAGUUGUACAGCGACUGUGCAUUUUCCAGUGGUCUUGCAGGAGUCAAAUGCAUUAAAUACGGUCACCAUGCAUUAUCAUGCAUGUUUAUCAGGUGCCUGGCUCUUUUCAAGUAGUCUGGCACCCCGGGUAUGAUGAUGGAUCCUGAGAUAUCCCAUGCCUGCUGCAGUCUGGACGGCAUACCAUCAGGGAAUGCUUGGGUAGACCACCAUCCCCUUUGGGUGUAGUUCAAACAGUGCGGCAUUUCUUUAAACUGGGCUCCAAGUGCUGAUUGGUUUAUUGUUGUAAAGGAAAGAAAUGACUCUGUGUACAAAAAGAACUUGCUGCAUUAUCCAGAUACCCUUCCCAAAGCCACUUUUACCACGUGUUAUUUUUUUGUAAGAAGUGUAUGUCUGCAUUCAGAGUUAUAAUUUUUAUGUGUGUCCCGAGUCUCCGUGUCAAAAAACAUAUUGUGCGUGAAAGAAAAAUUCAAAUCAUGUGCAAGAUGACUAAAUUCAGCAAUUAUGGAUUCAUCCUUAACUAAAAUGUUAUUCUUGACUUCUUGUCUCCAAUCGUGAAGAGCAAUUGUAUUUUGAUAUUGAAAUGAAUCAUGAAAUACAAAGUUGAAGUGCAUAUCUCAGUGAAAUUUAGAAUAACUUUUGAAUCGAAGGAUAUCUUUUUUUUUACCCCUCUCCCCAUCUGAAAGUGGUUCAAAAUUUAAGCAGACAGGGAAAAUUGUCCCCCUUUUUUCCCUUUCUUUUUUGAAAGUGUUUUAAUGUUAAUUACUUGCAGAAGAUUAUAUAGAUAUUGUCAGCAUUCAGAAUUCGUGCUUUUCAGGCAACGUGCAUUGUUUCCCUAAAUAUGGGGGCAACUUGUGAAAGAAAUGCGUAUUUUGGGGCCAAAAUUGAAAUUGUCAACUUUGUCUACAAAUUUUGCUGGCUUUACUUUCCAAUUUAAACCCGGCCAGAAAGGGGAGAAUCACCGAUGGUCCAGAGCAUCAGUUGGUCAGUGACUUUUCAAAAGAUGCUGCAUAGCCCGAACCAUUUUGGAAGCGAUUACAAAUUAUCAGUACCUUAGCAAUGAGCACACGUCACUGUAUGUGUUGCUAAGGUUGCCUAGGAACCGUGAAAUUGAGCCAAAUGCUCUGAUGAUACUGGUGUGGGAAUAUCAAAAAUGAAAUUCAGUUUUGUGAUGGAGACCUGCAGUAAAAAUGUGUUCCAGCUGAAUAGAAGGUACAUUAACUGAUAUAACCCGAGAAAUAAUAAGUCAAAGCAAAAAUUACCUCGUCACUUUCACAAAGUUGACCCCAGGUCAGAUAAAGGGGCGCUUCUGAUGAUGUCAUCAGUCUAUUUUAAGAACAGCGGCAACCAUCUUGAGAACAACCACUUGACGCCGAUACUCGGUCUAUCCUCCUCGUGCUAAACCAGUACUUUUUAGGGAAACAAGCGUACAGUUUCGGAUGGAAGCAUUGUGGACAACCAGCAAUAGGCUUUCCUUUUUUUUUUAAAAGAGUGUUACUAUUCUCCUUUAUCCUUAUAGAACAUUCUUUGAAAAGAAUCGUUCUUUUUUUAUUAGCAGUUUUAUAUUUAAUAUUGAACCGAUUCUAGUAGUUUUGAAGGCCACGGUUUUGUUUAUACCUCAUUUGAUAAGUGUUUGAAACGCUUCAGUUAUUUUUGUUACAGUUAUUCCCGUAUUUCUCUUCCUUUGGUUUUUUGCACCGUGUGUAAACAUAACAGCGUUAUAUUAAAUGUACGUAUGUUGGUUUUUUUUUUUUUUGAAUUGUUCCGUGUACAAUGGACGGAUAAUUAAUAUGUAUGAUAAAAUAAAAUUUGUUCAGUUGGUACAAAAGUGUAAAUAGCAAAA